AUGUCGUGGCUCUUUGGCUCUUCCAGCGGCGCAGCUGAAAAGACCCCCGCCCCCGCUGAGCCUACUCCUGCAGAGAAGCCCAAGCCUUGCUGCGUAUGCAAAACCGAAAAGACUGUCCGAGACGAUUGCAUGCUCUUCUCCAAAUCCGAUGAUCCGACGCAGGAAUGCAAAUCGCUGAUCGAGCAGUAUAAGUCCUGCAUGGCCGGGUACGGAUUCAAGGUCUAG